GCCUGUUUAGCCUCACAGUUGAGCACUGCAAGCGAGACGCACCAGUGCCCCCAGAGCCAACUUGGAGGAUUAGCGGACUAGGAAUCAACGAAGGAAGGAAGGAAGCAGCAACAAUGACAGUGGACACGGUGCAGGAGACGCUGCAACAUGCGGCCACAUCGACAUCGGGACUCGGGUUCAGCCCCAUGCUCACCACCCUGCUCGGCACCAUAGUGGCCCUGGGCCUGUACGAGUACUGGCGCCGCAAUACCCGGGAGUACCGCAUGGUGGCCAACAUACCGUCACCGCCGGGACUACCGCUGCUGGGACAGGCUCACAUGGUCGCCGGUCUGAGCAAUGCUGAGAUUCUAAAUGUGGGACUCGGCUACCUGAACAAGUACGGCGAGACGAUGAAGACCUGGCUGGGCAAUGUCCUCCUCGUCUUCCUCACCAAUCCCAACGACAUUGAGCUGAUCCUGAGCGGGCAUCAGCAUCUGACCAAGGCCGAGGAGUAUCGCUACUUCAAGCCCUGGUUCGGCAAUGGCCUGCUGAUCAGCAACGGACACCACUGGCGCCACCAUCGCAAGAUGAUUGCCCCCACCUUCCAUCAGAGCAUUCUGAAGAGCUUUGUGCCGACGUUCGUGAACCACUCGAAGACGGUUGUGGGCCGCAUGGCCCUGGAGACGGGCAAGUCCUUCGAUGUGCACGACUACAUGUCCACGACCACCGUCGACAUUCUGCUCUCCACCGCCAUGGGUGUGAAGAAGCUGCCCGAGGGCAACAAGAGCUUCGAGUAUGCCCAGGCCGUCGUCGACAUGUGCGACAUCAUCCACAAGCGGCAGGUGAAGCUGCUGUACCGCCUGGACUCGAUCUACAAGUUUACCAAGUUGCGUGAGAAGGGCGACCGCAUGAUGAACAUCAUUUUGGGCAUGACCAGCAAGGUGGUGAAGGAUCGCAAGCAGAACUUCCAGGAGGAGUCGCGUGCCAUUGUCGACGAGGUGCAGGCCGUUUCCACACCUGCCACCAAGAAGGAGGGUCUCCGCGACGAUCUCGAUGACAUUGAUGAGAACGAUGUGGGUGCCAAGCGCCGUCUGGCCCUGCUCGACGCCAUGGUUGAGAUGGCCAAGAACCCCGAUAUCGAGUGGAACGAGAAGGACAUCAUCGAUGAGGUGAACACCAUUAUGUUUGAGGGUCACGACACCACCUCGGCUGGCUCUAGCUUUGCCCUCUGCAUGAUGGGCAUCCACAAGGACAUACAGGAGAAGGUCUUUGCAGAGCAGAAGGCCAUCUUUGGAGACAACAUGCUGCGCGACUGCACCUUCGCCGACACCAUGGAGAUGAAGUACCUCGAGCGUGUCAUUCUCGAGACUCUGCGCUUGUACCCACCAGUACCCCUGAUUGCCCGCCGCCUGGACUAUGACCUGAAGCUGGCCAGCGGCCCCUACACCGUGCCCAAGGGCAGCACCGUCGUCGUGCUGCAGUACUGCGUCCACCGUCGCCCCGACAUCUACCCCAACCCGACCAAGUUCGAUCCGGACAACUUCCUGCCCGAGCGCAUGGCCAACAGGCACUACUACUCCUUCAUUCCGUUCUCGGCCGGUCCCCGCAGCUGUGUGGGCCGCAAGUACGCUAUGCUCAAGCUGAAGGUCCUUCUCUCCACCAUCGUCCGCAACUACAUUGUCCACAGCACCGACACGGAGGCGGACUUUAAGCUGCAGGCCGACAUCAUUCUCAAGCUGGAGAAUGGCUUCAACAUCAGCCUGGAGAAGCGCAAGUACGCGACUGUCGCUUAAACGUUCCAACUGUGUAUAUACCGUACCGUACCGCCCCGUACCGCACCGCACCGCAACGCAAAUGCAAACGAAAUGAAACCGAGCAGUUAGAAGCCGCCAGUCAGCCAGAGAGUCAACCAAGUGAGUGAGUGGGAUCGAUCCAGCCAUCAGUGCCAUUUGCUCCAAUGUUUUUUUGUUAUAUUUUUACUACACUUUUUUUGUUGGUCAUAACGCAGGUGGUGCGCUUAUAUCCAUAAUCCACACUAUAAUACGCACAAAAUCAUGGCGGUGCAACCUCUAUACGGUACAUCGCCAUCAUUUUCUAUCCCUUCUUAAUCGUUUCAAAACGCUUUUUGCAUUUCCUUUCUCGUUUUUUUUUUUUGCCUAG